GGCUCAGCUGGCGGCUGGAGGCGUUUGCUGCGGGAACGGGUCUCAGCUGGAGCCGCAGGCAGGCCGGAGGGAGCCUUUUCGUCUCCCCUCCGGCCGGGUGGUGGCGGGGACCCGAGCUGCUGGGGCCCACGCCCCGUGCCUGCCAGUCAUGGUGGGUCACCUGCAUCUGCAGGCCAUGGGGGACACGCGGGAGCAGAGCCGCGACGGCUUGCUAGAUAGUCCUGACUCCGGACUGCCACCCAGCCCCAGUCCUAGCCCUCCUUUCUAUGCCCUGUCGCCCGGCACCCUGGACUCCCGGGCCAGCACUGAGCCUCCAGGACCCAACGAGGUACCAGCGGCAACUCCCCUCUUCCAAAAUCCCCCGACCCCAGAAAUGAGGACCCGGCUGCUGCCUGUGUUCUUUGGGGAGAGCAUUAAGGUGGACCCAGAACCUGCCCAUGAAAUCCGCUGCAACUCUGAGGUCACCUACACCUCGGAGAGAUACUUCCGAGACAAGAUCUUCUACGCGCCGGUGCCCACGGUCACAGCCUACAGUGAGACCAUAGUGGCGGUGCCCAACUGCACAUGGCGCAGCUACCGCAGCCAGCUCAUCCUGGAGCCUCGCCCACGGGCCCUGCGCUUCGGAAGCACUGCCAUCAUCUUCCCCAAACUGGCCCGGAGCUCCUUCCGUACCACGCUGCACUGUAGCCUUGGCCGGCCUCGCCACUGGUUCUCUUCCAGCUUGCAGCUGCAACGGUGUGGGGACCCUGCGCCCAGCUCCCAAGGCCCCCAUGUACUCUGAGGAGCCCAGUGGCAGAGGAACUGAGCAUGGGAGAGGUCCAGGAAAGAUGGACAGGG